AUGGGGAAACUAGUGACAGAAAUUGCUAAUGAUGGUUAUAAUGACUGGAAGCAUCUUAGUGAGAGACUUAAAGAUCAUGAGAAAAGUGUAGAGCAUAUGAAUAACAUGAAAACAUGGAAAGAGCUGAAAGUUAGAUUUGAGAAGAAUCUCACAAUUGAUAAACCACUACAGAAUGAAAUUGCUAAAGAGAAAGAACGUUGGAGAGCAAGUGCUAAUGAAAAUUCAGAAUCUGGUGCUGGUGGUAUAAAUAAUCCCGAUGAUAGUAGUCACUUGAGUGAGCAUGAUAAUGGGGUUAAUGCAUCUAAUGUUGAAAGUUUAAAUGUUUGUGAAAACCCAAAUUCUCGUGUUGAUAUUUUUGAUCCAAGAAAUUGUUCAAAUAUGCUUGCUUUAGCUAAUGAUGGUUAUAAUGACUGGAAGCAUCUUAGUGAGAGACUUAAAGAUCAUGAGAAAAGUGUAGAGCAUAUGAAUAACAUGAAAACUUGGAAAGAGCUGAAAGUUAGAUUUGAGAAGAAUCUCACAAUUGAUAAACCACUACAGAAAGAAAUUGCUAAAGAGAAAGAACGUUGGAGGUUUGUCUUAGCUAGAAUAAUUGCUGUUGUAAAAUUUCUUGCUAAAAGAAAUCUAGCUUUUCGUGGAAAAAAUGAAAAACUUUACCAAGAUAACAAUGGUAAUUUCUUAGGUGCUAUUGAAAUGAUUGCAGAAUUUGAUUUGAUAAUCCAAGAUCAUAUUAGACGCAUUCAUAGUCAUGAAAUUCAUUGUCAUUAUCUUGGUCAUAAUAUUCAAAAUGAGUUUAUCUCUCUUUUGGCUCAUAAUGUUCAGCUUUCCAUCGUUAAAACCAUUAAAGAGUCUAGGUACUUUUCUGUCAUUCUUGAUUGCACACCGGAUGUGAGCCAUCAAGAGCAAAUGACUUUGAUAAUUCGAUGUGUGAAAAUAUCAAACAGAAAAGCAAGUGUAGAAGAGUACUUCUUAGAGUUUCUAAAGGUGGAUGACACCACUGGUUUAGGUCUCUUUGAUAAGUUACUAGAUGCUUUAAAGUCUCUUACUCUUGAGUUUGAGAAUAUUAGAGGUCAAGGUUAUGAUAAUGGUUCUAACAUGAAAGGAAAACAUCAAGGUGUUCAAAAGCGAUUACUUGAUGUAAAUCCAAAAGCUUUGUAUAUGCCAUGUGCUUGUCAUAGUCUGAAUCUUAUGGUUAGUGAUAUGGCUCAUUCAUGUGUAAAAGCUAUUUCUUUCUUUGGAAUUGUGCAACGCAUAUAUGCAUUAUUUUCUAGUUCUUCUAAGAGAUGGAAAAUUUUGCUUGAUCAUGUUCCUUGCUUUACUGUAAUUAUAAUAUCAGCUUUAUUGGAAUUAUAUGAAUCUUGUGAUGAUGCUAUGACAAAGAGUGAUGCUGAAAGUUUGAUCAUGGCAUUUGAUAAUUUUGAAUUUAUCCUUGGCAUUGUUAUUUGGUAUGAUAUUUUGUUUGCCAUUAACUCAGUGAGUAAGAAUUUACAGUCUAAAUCAUUUUGCAUUGAUAAUGCUUUAAAACAAUUGCAAGGUGUGUGUUUGUUUUUUGAGAAGUAUAGACAUGAAGGGUUUAGUUCUAGUUUGAGUAUAGCUCAAACUAUUGCUCGUGAUAUGGAUGUAGAUCCUAUAUUUCCACAGAAGCGUCGUGUUUUCAGAAAAAAACAGUUUGAUGAAAUUGGUUUGGAUGAGGAAAUACAAUCUAGUGAAGAUGCAUUUAGAGUCAAUUACUUUUUGGUUGUGGUGGACAUGGCAAUCACUUCGGUGAAGACCAGAUUUGAUCAAAUGAAAACUUUUGAAAGUGUUUUUGGUUUCUUAUUUGAUUCGAAAAAGUUAAAGACAUUACAUGAUAGUGAUUUACAAGAGCAUUGCUGUAACUUAUGCAAAACUUUUUCUCAUGGUAACUCGUCGGAUGUUGAUUCAGAUGAUCUUUUUUCAGAAUUGAGAGUGCUUCAAACGACUUUACCUGAUGUGUCAAUGGAACCUACUGAAGUUCUUGAGUUUGUUGAAGAUAUUGGUUGUUAUCCAAAUGUUUCAAUUGCAUAUAGAAUCAUGUUAACUAUACCGGUGACAGUCGCUUCAGCGGAGAGAAGCUUUUCAAAACUAAAAUUAUUGAAAAAUUAUCUAAGAUCUUCAAUGUCUCAAGAAAGGUUGAAUGGUUUAGCUAUUUUGUGCAUCGAAAAGAACAUAUUGGAGAGCAUUGAUACUGAAACUAUUAUUCAUGAUUUUGCAUCGACUAAAACUCGUAAAAAUAGGAUUUUGUGA